AUGAGCCCUCGCAAGAACAUGAAGAAGGCUGAAGAGCAACACCCUCCAGCACCGUUCGCGGAGGACGACACCGCUUCCCAAGGUGAUGAUGCGUUCGAAGGGCUCAGUCAAGAUUUCAUCGAAGAGUAUUGGGCGGCCUACGACGCGCUGGAUAACCUGAAUCUUAACGACGACGAAAACGAGAAUGGAAACGAAGACUCUUCCGAAGACUCACAGUCCACCCCAGACGGAUACGAGCAAGAGCAGAGCGGCGAGACUCGCGGCCAAAUCCAAUAUCUGCGUUCGAACGGAAACGAGCCUCCUUUGCAACACCGGGUCAAUUACCGUACCAUUCUCCACCUCCAACGAUCCAUCUUCGAAAUGCUGCGAACCCUGCUUUUAUGGCCGGCCCAAAUGUGCCGCAAGCUGAGCCUGUGUGGUACUCCGUUGAGGGCAUUCCCGAAGCGAUUGAACGAUAUGAUCAAAAUCAUCGAAGGCAUCGUCGAUUGGCGCUUCCUUUUCACGGCGAACCCUUCGAACAACGUCACCUAA